GUUUCUCAGGAUCAAUCUCCUGGCACACCUGCUGCCGCUGGAGACUUCGGCUUCAAGGUCUUGACUUCAUCUGAUCCUGCCGAGAAGACAAAAAAACUCAGCGCAGAGCUUGCCAAUGGCCGCCUUGCGAUGAUGGCAAUCAUCGGAAUGUUCUUUCAGGAUGGCCUGACUGGCAGCGCUUGGGGGGACUGGGCGAACUACACCGCUUCUCCUUUGCGUGCAUUCGAGAAUGAGUUGGGCGUUCAGGCUCCGGUGGGAUUCUUCGACCCCUUCGGCCUCACGAAGGAUGGUGACGUGGAGGCCUUCAAGCGCCGACGCGCAACGGAGCUGAAGAACGGACGUGUGGCCAUGUUGGCCACCAUGGGCUACAUCGUGCCGGAGUACUUCCGCUUCCCUGGAUACUGCUCCCCCACGGCGGGUGUGAAGUUUGCCGAUGUGCCCAAUGGCUUGGCCGCACUGGGCAAGGUGCCAGCUGCCGGUUGGACCCAGAUCUUCCUGUUCCUGGGCCUUGUGGAGAAGGGGAUCUACACCUAUGAUCCCACGCGUUCGCCUGGAGACUACAAGAACGCAGGUGUGCUGGGCGUGCCCAAUGGCAGCACCAUGGCUGCGGGUGAGGGCCGCAACCGCAAGCUGAACUCAGAGCUUGCCAAUGGACGUCUGGCAAUGAUGGCCAUCAUCGGCAUGUUCUUUCAGGACGGCCUCACGGGCUCCGCUUGGGGAGAUUGGGCGAGCUACACGGACUCCCCGCUGCGCGCCUUUGAGAACGAGCUGGGUGUUCAGGCGCCGGUGGGCUACUUCGAUCCUUUGGGCAUGUCCAAGGACGGGGACGUGAAGACCUUCCGCCGCCGCCGCGAGAGCGAGCUGAAGAACGGCCGUGUGGCGAUGUUCGCCACCAUGGGCUUCAUCCUGCCGGAGUACUUCCGCUUCCCUGGUUACCUCUCGCCUGCGAAGGGCCUCAAGUUCGCGGACGUGCCCAACGGCUUGGCGGCGCUCUCCAAGGUGCUUCCGAAAAGACGGACGGGUGUGUUCAAGGCCCGGUUGGGGUUGGAGAUGUGA